AACCUUUCUAAUUUCUAUAUAGUUUGUGGUACUCUAUACUAACCUCAAUUUCGGUACUUCUUAAUUUGAGGUGAGCGUUGUUUUUAUUUGGUGUUAUUAAAAUCGUUAAAAAUGGAUAUUAACAUGAUUGACUUGAUGGAUUUAGAAGAUUUGGACAUGCUGGAGACCACUCUGCGACCUGAUAGACAUCGACAUCGUGUGAAUCCGUUUGAAUUGAGUGACGAAGAUUUUAGGUAUAAGUAUAGGUUCUCAAAACGUUUCGGAGAAAAAAUAGUGGGUAUCUUACGUGAGGAUUUAGUGCACGACCCUCGAGGAUGCCCAUUGAGUCCUGAAAUUCAAGUGGUUUGUGCAUUACGCAACUGGGCUCGCCAUGAAAUUCAAGACGAUACAGCUGGUUUACAUAGUGUGUCUCAACCAGUAGUCAGUAGGACAUGUAAAAAAGUAGCGGAAAUUUUGUCACGGAAGUCCCGAGAAUUUAUUAAAAUGCCUACUACUUUAAAUGAACAGCAGGAAACCAUUAGGAAAUUUCGCAGUAUUGCUAAUUUUCCUACAGUAAUUGGCGCAAUUGACUGUACUCACAUACGAGUAAAGAAAGUGAAUGCUGAUGGGGGUCAGUUAUAUAUUAAUAGAAAAGGAUUUUCUUCAAUUAAUGUACAGGUGGUUUGUGAUGCUGACCUGAAAAUCAUGGACAUUGUUACCAGGUGGCGUGGUAAGAUGUGUUUUCUGGUGAGAGAGAUAGCAUUGAACAAUAUUCAUCUGAACCUAUAGUACAAAGAUAUAUUGCACCAUCAAUAAGGGGAAAUAUUAGAAGAAGACAGUUUAUUGAAACUCAUUUUCAGUAGACAUAAUACCCAUUUAUAAAGGAAAAUAUUUCUGCAGAGCCGUUGUCAGCUGUCAAAGAAUAACGACUACAUAUUCACCAAUAUGAAAUAAAUUCAGGGGAGUAUUGUGAUAAUAUUUCAUUUAUUGAGGAAAAUGCUUUUAUUUAGGCUAUAAAUGAUUGUGUUUCAGGGAAAGAUGCGGGGUACAGCACAUUCCACAUCAAUAUGAAGCUAUAUUAUAUAAAGAUUUAAGUGCUGUAGAGAUAUGUUUAGAUUUUUUAAUAAAUAUCGUCCCUCCUCUACAUUCACAGCCGGAUUUCCUUUCCAGAGGUGCAAGGGUCCACGGGGAGUAGGACUGUAUGAUGACUAAGUAAAUAGGUUUAGUUUUUUUUAUUAUAGUUUUUUACUAUUGUAUAUUAUAUUUCAUUGUUAUGUAAAUAAAAUGCAUAUUAAUUAUAAUUAUUUAUUUUAAUUAUUAAUAAAAGAUGUACAAAUAUUUGCAGCAAUUAAGUACCUGAAAAUAAUAGUUUCAUAUAUGAGGAUAUUUACAAACAUGUAUCUGAUAUAGUCUCAAAUAUUUAGUUUUUUUUUAUAGGAUAAUGGUGAUAAACACAGUCUACCACACACGCACGCACGCACGCACGCACGCACGCACGCACGCACGCACGCACGCACUCACACACACACACACACACACAGACGUCCACAUCUAUCCUCGACUACAAAUCAAAAUGCAGAUGCGUUGUCACCCGUGUGGAGUAAGAUGGAAUGCCUCGUUUCCUGUAAAAGAGGUCUCUCUCAUACAAAAUUUGUACAAAAAUUUAUCCAAAAUUUGUCAAUAAACAAGUUUAAAUGUUUUAUUAAAGAAAAAUUUUAUAAAAAGGUUAUUAUAAUAUCAAAGAAUACAUAAAUGAAAAUAUUGGAAAUACUGGAAUUAAGGUGAUCGCCACCAUGGUGGUUCUAUUAAAAUUCAUUUAAAAAUUGUACAAAUAAAAUUAUUGUUAAGAGAAAUAUGUUUAUAAAAAAGUCCCGCUGGGUUUCUUACUAGUUCUUCCCAGGACUGAGGUAUUUUCCGAACCAGUGGUAAAUAAAAAAUGUCUUUCAAUAAGUAUUCUGUAAUAAUCUAUAUUUAAUAAAAAUCAUUCUAUUCUAUUCUCGUUCUAUAAACUCACCAUAAUAAAAAACACAGCAGCAUUAAGCUGCUAUUUAACUUGUGUUUUUCUGACUUUCUAAUAAAGAUAUUUGUAACUCUAAUUUUCUAAUUUUUAGGUUAGCUAUUUUAAUAUUGUAUUUAUGUUCCUCUUCCAUCAUUUCCAGUUGUCUUUUUUUAAAAUCUGUGUUACUUUUUACAAUUGUUUGGUGUACAUCUUCUCUUCUGUAAAAUGAAAUGGAAUACUUAAUGUAAGUUUUGUAGUUAUUUUAGACAUUUACAAAGUAUUCUAGAGUAAUAAAAGUGCACUUAACCUUGUACACCAAUUAAAGAAAUAUUUUUUUAAUUAUUUUUAAAUCAAUUCAUAUUAAACUUUGCUUUUAAUAUUUGAAAACAUGAAACAAUUUUCAGUGUUUAAAUACUAAUUUUCACAUUUUAAAAAGUAUGUAAUGUAUCAGACUAUGUAAUUUUUUCAACAUACCUAUUUUGCAAGCUAUUUUUCCUGUUUUUAAUUUUUGUUAUACCCCUAGUAAUAAUAUCUUUAUUGUUGGUUAUUUUCACCAUUUUGGCUCUUUCUUCUGUAUCUGUAGUUGGAUCUAUCUCUAAAAAUUAAUAUAAAUAUAACAGUUUUAGAAAAUUAACAUUUAUAAUAUUUACAAACUUGUAUGCAUAUGAUUGUAACUAUAAUAAUAAUAUAUUUUGCUUUUUAAUAAAUAUUCAAUCAGUAUUAUUUACCUUGCACAUAUACAAAAUUGGGUUCUGGAUUUUCUACAUUUUUAACUAUAGCUGUGUCUGUUUUUUCAAAAUUAAGGCGAGGCUUAGGGUCAGCAACUUCUUUUGAUGUUGUAGCCACAGUCACUGGAUCCUAAAAUAAAUCAUUAAAACAUUUAUUAACAUGUUUUCCUGUCACCUGUCACCUCUAUUUUGCCCUUUAUUGAAUCAGGUAUUUUCUAUGUUGUAGAAAUAUUAUUAUGAUCCAAGACAAAAGGUAAUUUAAUAAAUUAUUAAUUAUAAUACCUAAUAGACAAAAAUAGAAAAUUAUAAUCGGACUGUGUAGAUAAUCUAGUAACAUGUGUGUUAUGAUAUUAUAUAGACCACUAUAUAUGAAUUUGUGACAUUUCAAUUUUGAAUAUAAUUAAUUAUAAAGAAAUUUAUGUAUUGUUACUAAGUAUAUUAAAUUUGGAAUAUUCGGAAAAUAAUUUUGGAUUGUAAAUUGUAUGCUUUAAGAGUAGAUUUCAGAGCACUACCUAGGUACUAAAGUAAUGGAAAAUAAAGUUCUUUAAUUUUAAUUAAAUUUGUAAGACAUGUAAGUAAUUUUAUUUACCACUGCAUCACUAUCAUAAUUAUUAACUUCAACGAUAAAGUCGUGAGGGGCAAUGGACAUUAUUUCCAAGUCCUCAAGAGAAGGUGAUGGAGGUUUUCCGCCACCCCCGGUCUUUGAUUGUUCCCUCCUAUAUGUGUAUAAGUUUGAUUUAGCACACAACUUCAUUCUUUUCCAAGAUAAUUUCAAUUCACCAUCUGAUCGACGUUUAUCUGUUAUCUCAUUAAAUCUAAAAAAAAAUACGAAAUCACGUAAACAAUACCGUACCUAUUUGUACACAUAACAAAUGCGAUAAGUACUUACUUAUUAGUUAUAUUCUUCCACUCUUUUAUUUUUUGAAUAUUUACCGAUGUUUUUGUCGACUUAUUCUCUAUUAUAUGUGCUGAUUGUGAAAUAAGUGUACGUAAUAUUUCCUAUAAUAAUAAGAACAUUCCUUUUAGUUGAAAUAAGGAUAAUAGGAGGAUAAGAGUAUUGGUACGUACUGACACAUAAAUUUCGAUAUUUCACUAACUUUUUCUUCAGAACUCCAAUUUUCACCCCGUUUUUUCUUUUGUUCCAUUAUUAUAUAAAUAUAACUGUAAUAGCAAGUACUUUUAAUUAAUUAAUUAUUAAUAAUUUAAUUUACUUAUUAUAAGGCUGCAAUAUAAACUAUUUUGAACGUCUCGAAUCCCGCGCUCGCGUUACCUCUGUAAUUCACUACAUUUCACGCUAGAGUUGUUAAACUGAAAACAACUUGAUAUAAUCAAAAGCGCGUCAAAAGUAUAUGUCGUGCUUGUUCAAUAGAUUUUAACGUAAACAAAUAACAAUGUAUGAUAUGUUUUUGUAUUGAUGGAUAAUUAUUUAAGCAUAAUUAAGUGUGAAAAUAAUAUUAAUAUUUUAUGAAACCGAACGUUGCAUUGAAGGAAACCUGUAUGAACGAAUGAUAGUGUCAUUUUUUGUUUUUUAUCUGUGAAUGAUAUUUAAUAUAAUACUAACGUUGGUAUUAACUGGUCCUCGGGUAGUCUGCGUUUUGUAGGUAAUAAGCACACGUUUUAGUGCUGGUAUUAACUAGAAUAUUGUAACAAACCUGGACUUCUUACUCCUAAACUUAACCCAGUACUAAAACAUUUUUUUGGAAUAAGACUGCGAACAGAUAGAGAGCAUUGUCACGAGCGAUCUAGAAAAUUAUAGAAGAAACGAAAAAUUUAU